CCGCCCACUCCCCUCCGCAUAAAGCUUUGUUGUGAUGCGCAGGCUCGUGACUCUCCGACCGACAUGACCUCCCCGCUGCAGCUCGCGCUCCUCUUGCUGGCCCUGGGCUUCUCUCGGGGGCUGCAGCACCACUACCCGGACCAGGCGGACCAGGUGGACGGGGAGGCCGAGCUCGAGCUCGUGGCCGAACCGUCAAAGUUCGGCUCCCUGUGGCCGCUGCCGCAGAAAGUGAAGCUCUCGGCAGUUUCCUUGAAGUUAACCGGCGUCAGCUUCCAGAUAGCCGACGCCAAGGGCUCCUCGGCCGGGUCGGGCUGCAGCCUCCUGCAGGACGCGUACAGGAGGUAUUACGAGUACGUGUUCGGCGGCGCUAAGAGGCAGCAGCAGCCGGGCAAAGGCAGGCGGGCGGCCGGCCCCGCGGUGCUCACGGAGCUGCAGGUGUGGAUCACGUCACCUGACCCCGAAUGUGACGGCUACCCCGGGGUGGCCUCUGACGAGUCAUACGAGCUGACGGUGGAUCAGCCGUAUGCCGUCUUGAAAGCCCCGAAGGUCUGGGGAGCCUUGCAUGGCCUGGAGACGUUCAGCCAGUUGGUGUAUGAAGAUGAAUAUGGAGUUAAAAGCAUCAAUUCGACAACAAUCAGUGACUUCCCCCGGUUUGCACACAGAGGCAUCUUACUGGACAGCGCUCGCCAUUUCCUGCCCAUUAAAGUCAUCUUGGCUAAUCUGGAAACGAUGGCAAUGAACAAAUUGAACGUGUUCCACUGGCACAUCACGGACGAUCAGUCGUUCCCGUACCUGAGCCGAACGUUCCCGCAGCUGAGCCAGCAGGGAGCUUACCACCCAUACACGCACGUGUACACACCGGCUGACGUGAAGAUGGUGGUCGAGUUUGGCCGUCUGCGAGGCAUUCGUGUUAUCCCGGAGUUUGACACUCCGGGACACACGCAGUCUUGGGGCAAAGGACAGACGGAUCUGCUCACACCCUGCUACUCUGGCUCCAAACCCUCCGGCUCCUUCGGGCCAGUGAACCCCAUCUUGAACACCACGUAUGACUUCAUGAGCCAGUUCUUCAAAGAGAUCAGCACCGUGUUCCCCGACGCCUACGUUCACCUGGGAGGGGAUGAGGUGGACUUCAGCUGUUGGAAGUCCAACCCGGACAUUCAGACCUUUAUGGAUCAGCAAGGCUUCGGAAAAGACUUCAGCAAACUGGAAUCCUUCUACAUCCAAAAACUCUUGAAUAUCGUCGCCACGACGCAGAAGGGCUACAUGAUCUGGCAGGAGGUCUUUGACAACGGCGUCCAGUUAAAGCCAGACGCGGUAGUUCAUGUGUGGAUCGGCGGCGGGGCGAACGAUGAGAUGGGCAAGGUCACGGCGGCGGGGUACACCACCAUCCUCUCCGCCCCGUGGUACCUAGAUUACAUUAGCUACGCACAGGACUGGCAGAAGUACUACAAGGUUGAGCCGCUCAGCUUCAACGGAACUGAAGAACAAAAGAAGCUUGUGAUUGGUGGCGAAGCCUGUUUGUGGGGGGAGUACGUGGACGCCACCAACCUGACGCCCCGUCUCUGGCCUCGUGCCAGCGCCGUGGCAGAGCGUCUGUGGAGCGCCGCGGACGUGACGGACAUCAACGACACCUUCAACAGACUGUCCGUGCACCGCUGUCGCAUGGUGGCGCGUGGGAUCCCAGCUCAGCCACUGUUCUCCAGCUACUGUCCCCGUGAGUACAAAGGCGUCUGAAGAAGACCGUAAAGCCGUGGGAACAGAAGAAUGGAAGAUAAUCCAUAAACAAUCGACGUAUAUCAAAGGAAUCGAACGCCAAACUGCCUUUUUUGUGCUACGAAGGCUCAAAAUCUGCUCCACAGAACUAUUGAUCAUCUAAUGUCAUAAACCUCUCGAAUUUAUGAAUGCACUUUUUUCAUGAAUGUUUGAUUGUGAAUAAAAUCUUGACAUUUUA